UGGAUGGUAAAGCAUGUGAUACGGUGACAUGUGUGGGUGAUGUUCCUAUUAAUUUCCAUCUUCCUCAUCCACCUAUUUCUUUGAUCUGGCAACAAACUUUGUAUCCAUAAAAACAUUAAACUCUUGGGAAGAUUAAGAAAUAAAGUCUUGACACAAUUACAAGGGAAGCAUUUGUGGAACAAUUAUUGGGUUAAAAUGAAUCAACAAGCUAAUAAGAACAAUACUUUGAAUGUACGAAGUUCCAUUGAAAAAAAGGUGGAAACGGUCGAUCAUCAAUCAUCGGCAGGGCAAGGACAAGAGGAGAGGAAAGUGCAGGUCAUUCAUGAACCCCAUUCCAAAACCAGUGGCGGUGUUCUUACAGGUGCUGCUGAUGCCGUUGCGUCCACUCUACAAUCUGCCAAGGAUGCAAUUUCUAAAAAAUAAUGUAAAUUAGAAUUGUCAAUUUUUUCUGCAAAGGAUAUCAUAGGUUUGAAUGUUUGACAAUGUGUUUGUUCAUUCUUGUACAACUAGUUGUUCUUUGACAUAGACAUGAACAUAGUGUCAAUGAUGUAUUUUGUAUCAA